GGUGUGCUGCACGCUUCUCUCCUUGCACAAAAGCCCCGGCAAAGAAAACUCUUGGAAAGCUCGGAGCAGGAGGAGCCGGGAGUCGGACGGCCGCCGAUCUCGCUGUCCUGGCGCUGCAAUUGUGUGGCCCCCCUCGAACUGGAGACGUUGUUGCAACUGUGAAGGAACUAAAGUCGAUUUUGUAGGAGCCUUAUUUUUUUUUCGUUUGUUUGUUGGUAGCGGUUCUCGUUUUCCUCCGCCCCCCCUUCACUCUCCCGAUCGUUUUUUUCCCCCUUGGGGAUAGAGGGGGAUACGCAAGGGGGGGAAAAAAAAAGUAAAGGAAUAUGAUUGCUUCGUGGCUGACUUUCGCCUUUCUUUGUGGAACUUUCUGUGCAGGGCCAGGUCAUGGGGAGGCAGAGACGAGAGAAUGCAUCUACUACAAUGCCAACUGGGAGCUGGAGAAGACCAAUCAGAGCGGCGUGGAACGCUGUGAAGGAGAGAAGGACAAACGGCUCCAUUGCUAUGCUUCUUGGAGAAACAACUCUGGCUCCAUUGAGUUGGUGAAGAAAGGCUGCUGGUUAGAUGACUUCAACUGCUAUGACAGGCAAGAAUGUGUAGCCACAGAAGAGAACCCUCAAGUGUUUUUCUGCUGCUGUGAGGGGAACUAUUGCAAUGAGAAAUUUACGCACUUACCUGAAGUAACUGGUCCAGAAGUAAUAUACGAGCCGCCACCACCAACACCCUCACUACUCAACAUUCUGGUUUACUCUCUGCUUCCAAUUGCUGUUCUGUCAAUGGCCAUUCUCUUGGCCUUCUGGAUGUACCGUCACCGAAAGCCCCCCUAUGGGCACGUUGACAUUAACGAGGAUCCUGGUCCACCACCCCCUUCUCCAUUGGUUGGCCUUAAGCCAUUGCAAUUAUUGGAGAUCAAAGCUAGGGGGCGCUUUGGCUGUGUCUGGAAGGCUCAGCUGAUGAAUGACUAUGUAGCCGUGAAAAUCUUCCCCAUACAGGAUAAACAAUCCUGGCAGAGUGAGAGAGAAAUCUUCAACACCCCUGGCAUGAAGCAUGAAAACCUUUUGCAGUUUAUUGCAGCAGAGAAGCGAGGAACAAACCUGGAGAUGGAGCUAUGGCUGAUCACAGCUUUCCAUGACAAGGGCUCUCUGACAGAUUACCUGAAGGGGAAUAUUAUCAGCUGGAAUGAACUCUGCCAUGUUGCUGAAACGAUGGCCCAUGGACUGUCCUACCUACAUGAAGAUGUCCCCUGGUGUAAAGGGGAAGGACAUAAACCUGCCAUAGCACACAGGGACUUCAAGAGUAAAAAUGUGUUGUUGAAGAAUGACUUGACAGCAGUUCUAGCUGACUUUGGACUGGCUGUACGGUUUGAGCCUGGAAAGCCUCCAGGGGACACCCAUGGACAGGUGGGAACAAGGAGGUACAUGGCUCCUGAGGUGUUAGAGGGGGCAAUCAACUUCCAGCGAGAUGCCUUCCUGAGAAUAGACAUGUAUGCAAUGGGACUAGUAUUGUGGGAGUUAAUCUCCAGGUGCACAGCAGCUGACGGUCCAGUGGAUGAGUAUAUGCUGCCUUUUGAAGAGGAGAUAGGUCAGCAUCCAUCCCUUGAGGACCUGCAGGAAGUGGUGGUUCACAAAAAGAUGCGGCCUGCUUUCAAGGAUCACUGGCUGAAACACUCUGGUUUGGCACAGCUCUGUGUUACAAUUGAAGAAUGCUGGGACCACGAUGCAGAGGCUCGGCUUUCGGCAGGCUGUGUCGAGGAGCGCAUUUCUCAGAUCCGUAAAUCAGUAAACGGCACUACCUCGGACUGCCUCGUUUCCAUCGUGACAUCUGUCACCAACGUGGACUUGCCACCCAAAGAGUCUAGUAUCUAAGUCCUGGUUCACUUUUGUCUUUCCAGACUCAGUGGAUUUAAAAAAAGUUUAAAAACCCAACAAACACAUGAAUGCAGCUGCUAUUUUAUCUUGACUUUUUAUUAUUAUUAUUAUUGUUGUUGUUUUUUUUGGAUUGGAUCAAUUUUACCAGCACAUUGCUCUACUGUAUUAAAAAAAAAAAAAAAAAAAAGACAUCUCAGCAAGCAUUCAGGUGCCGACUAAUGAAUGCAGAAAAGGUGCAGGUACCUCAGAACCUCAACAAACUCACUUCAGUUGUGUUUUUUUUUUAUUAUUCAGUUUUCUGGGUUUCUCUUUAUCGGUCUGUCUUCAACACAGAGCAUCUCUGACAUAAAGGAAAACCACGUACCAUCUUAGAAAACGCAAUGCUGCAAACUUUGGAGGAAACUUAAGACUGUUACAUAAGAUUACACCUUCCUCAAAAGGAUUAUUUUCCCCUAUUUUCUUUUUUUAGACAGUGAGCUUCAAAAAGAAACAAACAGCAGAUGUGUCUUUUACGGAUCUAACGGGUGUCAUUGUAAUGGGAAAAAACACAAGAAACUGGGAAGAGAAUGUUAACUCUUUGGUAAAAUUAAAGGGGGGUGUUUAGUAUAGGAGAAGGGGAGAGUGAUGUUGGACUUUGCAGCAUUUGGAGAAACAUCAUUUGCUAUGGAGCUACUUCUCAGGUAACCAGUUAAUGAGGGGAAGAACUUUUUUGAGGCAGAGUAUUUAUCACCGCAGCAUAUCGAGAAAGUUGGGUCAAUGAGCCAAUGGGAUAAGCAAGGUACUAGUUCUUACUUCCCCCAAUAUCUCAGGCUUGGGUGUUAAAAGAACAAAACCAAACCAUAGGUGUAUAAAUUUUUAAAACUCCAGGUAAGUAUUGGAAAAAGAUGCUUUUAAGCAGUGUAAUUGAGAGAGACAACAGCAUAGUCUCAGAAGCUCUCUGUAAAGUACUGGAAGAUUUGAAAGCAUUUAUAUCUUGCUUUAAAUACAGUAGCAGUUCAGGGAAUAAGGCCUCAGGGCUGGAUAACUGCUUAGCCCAAGCUACCAGUGCAGAUGGUUAAAAAGAAGUGGUGUGAUUUCUGGCUCUGUAGAAAGGCCUUUUUUUGUUGUUGGUUUUUUUUUUUAAACUGGAGGGGGAAAAAUUACCUGGGCCAGUGGCAGACAGUUGCACCCAAGAAGCAUUUGAAUUGUACAAUUGCAGAAUAUAGGGAGGUAACAGAGCAGCAUUAGCAUUAACUGCAGAAUCUGUUAAACCAAUUUCUUUGACUCAGCUUUCUCUUUAUCUGUGACUAAACUCUUUUGUCUUAAAGUGGUGCAUAUUCUAAAAUACCGUUACUCUAGUAUGCCAUAAACUUGCUCUAGUCAGUGAAUGUUCCUAAUGCUGCUGAUUCAACAUUUAAAUAUUUUUUUAAUUUGCAAAACAUGCAAUGUUUAAAAAACAAAACACACACACACAAGACGUUACGUGGCUUCCGAGGUUUAAACUGAAAAAAAAAACAAAAAAAAACCUUCAUGACCACAGACCACCUCAAACCAGAAAUACCUCAGAAUUUUCUACUUGUAUGAGUUUUAUUAUAUAUUUUGUUAGUUGUGUUGUCUUGUAGUAAGUCUAUUUUAAUGUAAGUUGGCUUUUAUGACAAGGGAGUUUUAAAAAAAGAAAAAAAAAGAAAAAAAGUUCCAAAAUCUUUUAGGAAGUGCUACCAUUUUUUGUUUUAUAAAGCACCAUUGUAAAUAACUGUAUACAGUUGUAGAAUAACUGCCUAUAUAAGGUAUCUGGGCAUUAUUCACUCUUGUUUGUGAAGGCUGUUUCCAUUUUGUGUUUGGUCUGUUUCAGUGAAAGGACAGUACAUCUUUUUAUUUAAUAAUUUUACUUUUUCGCAGAACAUAACAUCAAUACAAAAAUCAGUGUCUUGCUCAACUGAAAGUUAUCUUUCCUCCUUUGAUUGCCAGAACUUUUAAACUUUUUUAUUUGCUUUUAUACCAAAAUAUAGCCCUAAACAAAUGACCUUCUUAUGAAGUAAAAAUAUAUAUUAUAUAAACAAAUUGGGAUUUUUUUUUGUCACUGACAAAAUAUCAACAGGGAAUCUUGGUCUAGGUGUAAAUCAUUAAGCAAACAAAAUUACCAACUGGAAAAAAUAGAUUAAAAUUAUUUUUCUCAAAAGCAUGGCUUUAAAAACCUUGAUAAAGUCCUUGAUAUUGGAGAGACAGUAAGGUAGUUGCCUUAACUUGUCUGUCUAAAUAAAAUCUUAAAUACUUCUUUCAAGUUAUUGAAUGUAUAUUUGCAUAUUAAUAUGUGCACACAUGUAAGUGUAUUUGUGUAUGUGGAUGUUUCUGAUUUUUUAAUGUGACCCUGUUCAGAAAACCUGGACAAAAACACAGGCAAAGUAAUAAAAUUCUGGCACAGUUCAUGGCCUAGUUGAUGGUUAACAUCUUUGGCCCCAAUGCUACAAACUCCAUAGUGUUUAAAGUGAACCAUGCAAGUAGUUCUGUUGAAGUCAGUGGCAAUAUUCACAUACUUGAAGUUAAGCAUGUGCAUAAGUGUUUGCAGGAUUGGGGCCUUUCUUUUGCUCUGUGAAUACAUUUCUGCACUGAGAUUUAUAUACGUGUGGUUUAGUGGUUUGAAAAGGAGUGAUAUAAGCUUUGGGGUGGGAUUCUAGAUAAGACUUAAGAUUGAAUAAACUGUAGUUUUUUAGGUUUUUUCCUGAAAUGGGAUCCAGUCCAGAUUGUUAUGGAAAGUAAAAGCUGUACUGUCUUUUAACUAUUUUGA